CCCUGCCUGCCUUGCUUGCCUGCCUUGCUUGCCUUGCUUGCUUGCCUGAGUGCUCUGCAGCAGAGAGGGAUCCAUGCAGAGAGAGAAAGGGAGCGGGAACAAAACAAUCUGCGUGGAUGCUGAGGCGGUGAUGGGGAAAAAGAGAAGAGCGGCCUUCCUUGUGUGAGGAAUCAAGAAGAGGAGGAGAGGAGACAUCAGGAGAGAGAGAGAGGGGGGAGCCAUGAUGAUGACCACCCUCCGCCGUUGUUUGUAGUGGAAGAGGAGGAGGAGGAGAGAAGGCUGCCAUGAUGAGGAGGAGGAUGUGGAGGGUGGCGGGGAGGGCAGCGGGAGGGAGGCUGGCGGAUGCUUGGCGCGGAUCCUGAGGAGAAAGAAGAAGGAGAAGGCCUCCCCUGCGAAGAAGACGCCCUCCUCCUCCUCCUCUCCGUCUUCUUCCCCUUCUUCUUAUGGCCUCAUUUUGGCGAGGCCUGGGCUUUGUGAUGAUUUCCCUCCUCAUGAAGGGGAGCGAGUGGGGGCUCGAGGGACCACCAUGCGGCUGCCGCUGCCGCUGCUGAGGUGAAGGAAGAAAGGCCUCCUGCGUGGCCCAUGCUGCUCCUGCUGCUGCUUUCCCCUCCUGGGCCUGGAUUACAUUGAAGGCCCCUCGCCAUGAAGAAGACGCGGAGCACGACCCUGAGGCGGGCCUGGCCCAGCGCCGACUUCUCGGACCGGGCCUCCGAGCGCCUCCGCUCCCGCAGCGAGAAGGACUACCGCCUCCAUAAGCAUUUCCCCCCCGCUUUCCUCUCCCAGGCCUCCCGGGGAUACAUGACAUCAGGUGAUGUAUCACCCAUCAGUAUGUCUCCCAUCAGUCAAUCACAGUUUAUCCCGCUUGGGGAAAUCCUUUGCUUAGCCAUCUCUGCAAUGAACUCAGCACGAAAACAAGUCACACAAGAAGCACUAAUGGAACACCUUACAACCUGUUUUCCAGGUGUUCCAACUCCAAGUCCCGAAAUCCUUCGUCAUACUUUGAACAUGCUGGUACGAGAGAGGAAAAUAUAUCCAACUCCAGAUGGCUACUUCAUUGUGACCCCACAGACUUAUUUUAUAACACCAUCCCUUAUAAGAACUAACAGUAAGUGGUACCAUCUUGAUGAGAGGAUACCUGACAGGUCUCAGUGUACCUCUCCCCAGCAAGGAACUAUAACUCCUUCCACCUCGGGAUGUGUCAGAGACCGAACGAUACCCAAAAACCACUGCGACUCUUGCCAUUGUUGCAGAGAAGACAUGCAUAGCAUGCAUGCCUCCACUCUACAGAGGAAAUCGGCAAAAGACUGUAAGGACUCAUAUUGCCCCCCUUCUCUGUGUCAGGUGCCACCCACUGAAAAAAGUAAAAGUACUGUAAAUUUUUCUUACAAAACAGAGACACUUACAAAGCCUAAAGAUACAGAAAAGCAGUCUAAAAAAUUUGGGCUAAAACUCUUUCGACUAAGCUUCAAAAAGGAUAAAACAAAACAGCUGGCAAAUUUCUCUGCCCAGUUUCCUCCUGAGGAAUGGCCUUUGAGGGAUGAAGAUACCCCUACCACUAUACCUAGGGAGGUAGAGAUGGAGAUAAUUAGGCGCAUAAACCCAGAUUUGACUGUAGAAAACGUCAUGAGGCACACGGCACUAAUGAAGAAACUUGAAGAAGAAAAAGCUCAAAGAAGCAAGGCUGGAUCUUCAGUUCAUCAUAGUGGGAGAAGCAAAAAGAGUCGAAGUCAUAGGAAGUCUCAUGGAAAAUCUCGGUCGCACAGCAAAACCCGGGUCUCUAAAGGAGAUCCUUCAGAGGGAUCCCAUUUGGAUGUACCAGGGGAAAGAGAAUAUGAGUUUUAUGACCCUCUCACGAGGUCGCCACGGGAAGGCUGUUUCAUAAUUGAACACAAAAGGGACAAUUUCCUCAUGCACAGCAGUCCUAACGUCCUUGAAUCUCAUUUUCCUAUGACUCCUGAAUGGGAUGUAUCUGGUGAAUUAGCCAAAAGGAGAACUGAGAUGCCUUUUCCUGAGCCUUCAAGGGGAAGCUCCCAUUCUAAAGUACAUCGAAGUCACAGCCAUACGCAAGACCGAAGAUCAAGAAAUGAGCGACCUAAUAAAGCCAAGGAGCGGUCUCGGUCAAUGGAUAACUCCAAAGGACCUCUGGGCGGUGCUUCUUUAGGUACACCUGAAGACAUAGUUGAAGCUUGCAGCCAAGAUGACCAGACAACCAGCCAAACAUACAUUGAUGAUAGCACCUUAAGGCCUUCACAGUCGCUCAGUCAUCAAAGGGCUUUGAUGUCAUCUGCAAGCUACAAAGAGCUUGUUAAAUCUGAAAAAUCUGGUAGCAACUCAGAAACUCCAACUCCUUGUAGUUUAUUAGAGCAGAGUAUGCCAGCAGACACCUUACAACCCUACAGUGAUCUCAACUCCUGUACCACAAAAUCAGCCAUUGAUGAUUACUUUCAGUGCAACACUUCUAGUGAAACUGUACUUACUGCUCCGUCACCUUUAGGAAAAAAUAAAGACGACCAUGACGCAAUGACUUUGACUGAAAAUGUUAAAAGAGUGUCUCCCUCAGAAAGACAGUUGCAACACAUAGCCAGGGAACCUGGAGUACACAAAGAGGAGUCGCCUAAAGGGCCAAACAACAGCAGUGGACCAGUUGCUACUAGCCAGACGUCUGAAGUUAUUGCAAAUGGCCGACUAGUUCAACACCACAACGCAGAAUCCACUAGCCUCGAUAAGAGGAAAGAAAUAUUUAGCAAAGACACACUUUUUAAGCCUCUCCACAGUACUCUGUCCGUUAACAGUUUUCACAAGCCUAGUGUGCCACUAUUAAAACCUCAUCAAAAGACAUCUUCUGACACAUUGCCAAGCAGAUGUGACAAAAUCGAACAAGCUUUGGUAACUUCAGUUACUCAAGUUAUACCCGUUUCCCAGAGACAGCAAGAGACAGCUGGAAACCAAGAAGCAACCUUUGAUUAUUACAAUGUAUCUGAUGAUGAUGACUCUGAGGAAGGGACAAACAAGAAUGCUGAAGAAGAGAAGAAUCGGGAUGAUGUGGGCACUAUGCAGUGGCUUCUUGAGCGGGAAAAGGAAAGGGACCUGCAAAGGAAGUUUGAGAAGAAUCUCACUCUUCUCACUCCAAAGGAAACUGAAAACAGCAACAAUCAGAGGGCCACACAUUCAGCGAGACUGGACAGUAUGGAUAGCAGCAGCAUCACAGUUGACAGUGGGUUCAAUUCCCCACGCACUCGCGAGAGCUUAGCUUCGAACACUUCAAGCAUUGUUGAAAGCAACAGGCGCCAGAAUCCCGCUCUCAGCCCUGCGCAUGGUGGUGCAGGUCCCAUGUUCAGCUUUCGAGCAACAGCUGACCCUUCCACGAGUGAAACUGAAAAACUGCAGAAACCUGCCAAUUGCCUGCAAGCUUCUGUUACAAGUGUUUGAUAGUGCUUCUUCCUCAGAUCCUCUGUCUCAUCCUAUACAGCAAAGUUUACGACACUGGGACCAAUGUUUACGUCUUUGGAAGGAAAAAGAACAGGCAUCUCAGCCACACAGUUUUGUGUCUCCUUAAACUGUGCUGCUACAUAGGCUAGGGGCAACAAAGAAAUCUUUAUUUCAAGGUCUUGCUUUUCACAUUUUGCGGCUCUGUAGCAACAGAAUAGCAGUAGGGAUAAUAUGUACACUUUUGCUUCACUUAAUCGUAACUGAGCACAUAUAUGAAAGUCUAGACACUGUAAGUGUAAUCUGCAUUUUCAAUGUCAUGCAGUUGCCAACUUCAUUUAAAAAUGCCACAGAUAUGUGAUGCCCCCUACCACUGAUUAAACUCUUUGCCACAGAGUUGAUUCUUUUCCUUUAUAAACUGAGCCUUUGUUGAAAGUAAACAGCUAAGGGUCACCUUGUGGGGAAACAAUGCCAAACAAGACUAGGAAAGACCUCAGCUCUACCUGUGAAUUAUUUAUACAUCUGUCAUUUUCACUGUGAGUCUUCAUGACAUGAUUUUGCAAGAAUCCAUAGCAAAAGUAAGUCAAAAGAGGUCAUGUUAUAAAGAUAUGGGAAAAGGUGGGAGAUAAUAGAGAUGUUAUCUAUUUUACUUUAUUUGAUUUGUUUCAGAAAUGCGAGAUGUUUAUCUACAACUUAUUUCUUAAUUUCCCCUAGUUGCAAGCAGGGAUGUAAGACUUUGAAUUGAAGGAGAGGAAGGAGAAACCAACGUUGAGGAACAUCACUAAGUGACAGAAAGAGUUACACAAACAGGUUUUGUUUAUUAAAAAAAUCAAGUUAGGUGGUCAUUAAAUGUGCCACUCCAGUUGUUACCCCCAAAUUAUUAUUAAUAUCAAAAUAUUUUUUUCAGCAGAGAUAAAGAGGAAAACUCUUUGUGAUACAAAUGAAAAAUAACAGCCUGAAGAGUUGAUUUCUUUCUAUGGAAGGACAAAUUAUAUUUCUAUUUUAUGUAGCUUUUAGAAUGCCUAAAUUAGGCUAUUGAAACUAGCAUACACUGUAGGAAACAGAUUUAGAGACAAAUAAACUUCAGGCCUUUUAUUGAAUUAUAUUUCUUUGUGGAUGAACAUUGUAUGGAAAUACUUAGUUUAAACACGGUCAUAUGAAUUGAAAUUUAAUGUAUCCAGAAGGAUUGCUGAUAGAAGUUUCUUGCCUGAUCUGAAAGAAUGAGAGGACAAAACAGCUUCAUUGGUGAUAAUUACAAUGAAUAAAAUCUUGCUAAGGGUUUCGUCAACAAAGGUUAGUUCAAUAAAAGACAUCCCUUUAUAUCUUUUGUGAGUCUCACAAACUUGAUAGCAGAAGUUCUAUAUCCACAGGUUAUUAUAUCUAAUGUGUAUGUCCUGAAAUGGCUAAUCCAAAGUAAUUUAUUAAUAAAAAGUAUUCUAGAUCAAUGUUUAGAGAGAUCCACAACUUCAAGAGGGAACUUGAAAAACUUUAAAGGGCCAAAUUCUGCUGUCAGUUUUUUUUUAUGCAACCCCAUAUUGCAGAAAAUUUGUUUUAAGAAAAUCAUGAUGGUGGUACAAGUUGAAGUAUGAGAGACUAUAAGAAUAACCAGAAGCAGUGUAAAUUGUUGUAUGCAUUGACAUUUACACUAUUUGUCUUUUGUUGAAAUCCAGGUGAUAUGAUCAAGCAUUCUAUUAAAGUAUUUUCAUCAGGUACUGGUGACGAUUUGUAUAA